AUGUUUUUGAAGGUGAGCAGAGGAAAAAAAGUCCCCCCAGUGAGGGUCUAUGGGUCUGAUUGUGUAGUUCUGAUGGAGCCCCCCUUGAGCAAGAGGAACCCGCCAGCGCUGAGAUUAGCGGAUUUGGCAACGGCUCAGGCCAGGCCGCUUCAGAAUAUGACAGGCUUCCCGGCGCUGGGCAGCCCGCCCGCCCACUCCCAACUCCGCGCCACAGCCACGCACCUCCGCCCUCGGGACCUGAGCGCUGACCCCGGCGUGGCCAUCACUCCGCUCGGACCGGAGCACAUGGCUCAAGCGAGCGCGGUCGGCCUCAGCCCACCCUCCCAGGCGCUCCCGGCACAGCCUGAGGCGCCGGCGGCCGCCGCCCGCGCUGCAGCCUCGGUCGCGCACCCCGGCGCCUGCACCUACCCCGGUGGCGGGGGCAGCAGCCGCGCGCAGCCCUCCGCGCCCCCGCCCCCAGCCCCUCCUCUUCCUCCCUCCCCUCCACCCCCUCCUCCUCCCCCUCCCCCUCCUCCUGCCCUCUCGGGCUACACCACCACCGACAGUGGCGGCGGCGGCAGCAGCGGCAAAGGCCACAGCAGGGACUUCGUCCUCCGGAGGGACCUUUCCGCCACGGCCCCCGCGGCGGCCAUGCACGGGGUCCCGCUUGGAGGGGAGCAGCGGUCUGGCACGGGCUCCCCCCAGCACUCGGCCCCGCCUCCCCACUCGGCCGGCAUGUUCAUCUCGGCCAGCGGCACCUACGCGGGCCCGGACGGCGGCGGCGGCGGGGGCCCGGCGCUCUUCCCUGCGCUGCACGACGCUCCGGGAGCCCCCGGCGGCCACCCGCACCCGCUCAACGGCCAGAUGCGCCUGGGGCUAGCGGCGGCGGCCGCAGCCGCCGCGGCUGAGCUGUACGGCCGCACCGAGCCGCCCUUCGCGCCGCGCUCCGGGGAUGCGCACUACGGGGCGGUGGCGGCUGCUGCAGCCGCCGCCCUGCACGGCUACGGAGCCGUGAACUUAAACCUGAACCUGGCGGCCGCGGCUGCGGCCGCGGCGGCCGGGCCGGGGCCCCACCUGCAGCACCACGCGCCGCCCCCGGCGCCGCCGCCGCCGCCGCCGCCGGCGCCCGCGCAGCACCCGCACCAGCACCACCCCCACCUCCCAGGGGCGGCCGGGGCCUUCCUGCGCUACAUGCGGCAGCCAAUCAAGCAGGAGCUCAUCUGCAAGUGGAUCGACCCCGACGAGCUGGCCGGGCCGCCGCCGCCGCCGCCACCGCCCCCGGCCGGCGGCGCCAAGCCCUGCUCCAAAACUUUCGGCACCAUGCACGAGCUGGUGAACCACGUCACGGUGGAGCACGUGGGCGGCCCCGAGCAGAGCAACCACGUCUGCUUCUGGGAGGACUGUCCGCGCGAGGGCAAGCCCUUCAAGGCCAAAUACAAGCUCAUCAACCACAUCCGCGUGCACACGGGCGAGAAGCCCUUUCCCUGCCCGUUCCCGGGCUGCGGCAAGGUCUUCGCGCGCUCCGAGAACCUCAAGAUCCACAAGCGCACUCAUACAGGGGAAAAGCCUUUCAAAUGUGAAUUUGAUGGCUGUGACAGGAAAUUUGCCAAUAGCAGCGAUCGGAAGAAACAUUCCCACGUCCACACCAGCGACAAGCCCUACUACUGCAAGAUCCGAGGCUGUGACAAGUCCUACACUCACCCCAGCUCUCUGAGAAAGCACAUGAAGAUUCACUGCAAGUCUCCACCACCUUCUCCAGGAGCCCUUGGUUACUCAUCAGUGGGGACUCCAGUGGGUGCCCCCUUGUCCCCUGGGCUGGACCCAACCAGGAGUCGCUCUAGCACUCUGUCCCCUCAGGUGACCAACCUCAAUGAGUGGUAUGUUUGCCAGGCCAGUGGAGCACCGAGCCACCUUCACACACCUUCCAGCAAUGGAAGUACUUCGGAGUCUGAAGAUGAGGAGAUGUAUGGGAACUCGGAAGUUGCGCGGACGAUACAUUAG